AAUUUUUAUUUUUCUCCCACUAUUUGCUCUCCUUGUCUUACUCUUGACGCGUCUUGAUUAGUGACAAAUUUUGCAUAUUGUCUAUGAUUGAUUGAAUCUCGUGAUUAUAUGAAAUGUCAUUGAUACGGAAAGAAUUUUAAAAAAAUUAUUAAUAUUAAAAAAAAAGUUUAAUAUUUAUAAAUCAAUAAAAAUGGAUGAAAAUAUUCCAACUGUAGUAUUUCAUCCUAUUAUUUCUUCUAUACAAAAGAUCGCUCUUUAUGAAACAAAAUCUAGAUUUUAUUUAAUGGGAUCAAAUAAUACUUUAACACGGUUUCGAGUAUUGAAAAUAGAUCGUAUGGAAUCUAAAGAAUUAGUCGUUGUAGAUGAUAAAAGAGAAUAUACUCAAGAUGAAAUAAAGGAUCUCGUAAAUAUGAUAGAUAUGGGUAAUCGUACACGUGCUGGACAAAGAAAUAAUGUUGGUGGAGUUGCCAGAAUUGUUUCAGCUUUUGGAAUUGUUGGCAGCAUUCACAAAGAAUCUACAACUGACAAUGGUGUAUCAAAAGAAUCUGAACACCAAGAAUGUCAGAAACCAUUGCAUAAACCAACUCAAACUAAAUUCACCUGGAAAACAAUGUGGCAGAGAGACAUUUUUCCUCGUCUAAUACCAGCUUUUGGUCUUCUUGGUUUUGUACGUUUCUUGGAAGGAUAUUAUAUAAUUCUGGUUACUAAGCGACGUAAAGUGGCUGUAAUUGGUCAUCAUACAAUAUAUAAAAUAGAGGAUACUUCAAUGAUCUAUAUUCCAAAUGAUACUAUUCGUGUUUUUCAUCCUGAUGAACAAAGAUAUGUAAAAAUGUUUCAAAGCAUAGACCUCAGUAGCAAUUUUUAUUUUAGUUAUUCUUAUGACUUAACUCAUACUUUACAAAAUAAUAUGACCCCACCAAAACAUAUUAAACCUGAUAUUUUUUAUACAAAUGCCAAAGAUUUAAAUCAAACAGAUAAUAGUGAUGCUGAAGAUGCAGAAGAUUUUUUUAAUAUAUGGGCAUUUAAAAAAAAUUGGAAUAAUAGUACAGAAAAGUAUGUUGAUUAUGGGAUACGAAGUAAUCCACAUCGUCGAUUUGUAUGGAAUUCACAUUUAUUAAAACCAGUAGAAAAAGAUUUGCAUCGCGACUGGAUUUUAUAUGUAACACAUGGCUUUAUUGGUCAAUCAAAUGUUAGUAUUUUUGGAAGAUCUAUGUAUGUAACUAUUAUUGCCAGAAGAAGUAAUAAGUAUGCAGGUACCAGAUUCUUGAAACGUGGAGCAAACUUUGAUGGAGAUGUUGCAAAUGAAGUAGAAACAGAGCAAAUCGUUCAUGAUUCUGGAGUAAGUUCAUUAAGUAAAGGUCGUUUUAGUUCUUUUGUUCAAAUGCGUGGAUCAGUUCCUGGACAUUGGAGUCAGGAUGUUAGUAAAAUGGUUCCUAAACCUACCAUCACUUGUGAUUUAGCCGAUCCUUAUGUGGAAACAGCAGGUGCACAUUUUAAUCAACUUCUAAGAAGGUAUGGUUCUCCCAUCAUAAUUCUCAAUCUUGUUAAAAAACGUGAAAAAAAGAAACACGAAAGUACAUUAAGUGAAGAAUUAUGCAUGGCUGUUAAAUAUUUAAAUCAAUUUUUACCUCCAGAACAUCAUAUUCAAUAUAUAAGUUUUGAUAUGGCUCGAAUGAACAAAAGAAAAAAAUUUAAUGUUAUGGCGCGAUUGGCAAAUAUAGCGCAUAAUGCAGUUUUGAAAACUGGUAUUUUUCAAUCGCAAAGUCCAUAUUAUAGUCAGAGGAAUUUAUUUUCUCCUCAAUCUAAUUAUAAUAAAAAAUAUUACAAAAUUAAUUCAAACAUGAUUUUCUCAUUCAAUAUGCAUGGUGUUCAAAAUUAUACAAAUAUUUUAACUGAGAAUAAUAAUGAUUCAUCUCAUGCUUGUGAUGUUAGUUCUAAGUUCAUUAGAGAGAAUAAACAUAAUGGAUUAAAUUAUGUAGAAAAUAGAGUAAGACAAUGCUUUGAUAAAAGGGGUACAUUACAAACUGGUAUUAUUAGAACAAAUUGCGUUGAUUGUUUAGAUCGUACAAAUACAGCUCAAUUUGCAAUAGGAAAAUGUGCUUUAGGAUUCCAAUUAUGCGCCUUAGGUGUAUUGGAAUCUCCUAAAUUAGAAUUUGACUCUGAUUGUGUAAGAAUGUUAGAGGAAUUAUAUGAAGAUCAUGGUGAUACAUUAGCAUUACAAUAUGGUGGUUCUCAAUUAGUGCAUAGGAUAAAAACUUAUAGAAAAACUGCACCAUGGACUAGCCAGGGUAAUGAUAUUAUGCAAACUCUCAGUAGAUAUUAUAGCAAUACGUUCAGUGAUCAAGAAAAACAACAUACAAUUAAUUAUUUUUAGGGGUUAUUUAUACCCGAAGAAGGAAAACCUCCAAUUUGGGAACUUCUAACAGAUUAUUAUCUUCAUCAUAAACCAGCUUGUCAUUAUUCUCGUAGAACAAAGCUUUUAACUCAGUGGUGGGAUAAUACUGUGUUAAAGUGUCUUCCAUACGCGUUAAAUGAAAUAACGAAAACAUGUUCAGAAAUAAUACAAGUUCAAAACUCAAUGGAAGAAAUGAUCGAUGUUUAUUAUGAUUACCAUAGACCAUAUGAAUUAUCUUUACUUUCCGAAGUUUACGCAUAUAAAAUUAGUCAUUCCGUUAGAGAUUUUAUGCCGCACUUUACAACUAGUUUCAGUCCAUUUAUAGUACGAAUACGACCAGGUAGAAGAAGAGAAGAAACUGGUAAUAAAAAUUUAAAUAUGAAAAAUCCUUCAAUGACUGGGCAAAGUAGUACCAGUAGUACAACAUCAAGUGCAAGUUCUAGCGAUGAUUCAAGUUCAGACGAGGAUGAAAAUCAUCAACAUAUUAAUGAUUCUCAGUUCAUAAUUUCGAAAGAAAAUUCGGAAUUUACAUCUUUUGAAUCAUUAUUUCCAUCUAUGAAAGAAGUGUAUGGUACUCAACCUGAAUAUCCUAAAAGAAAUGAUGUGAUAUUGUAUAAAAGAUUUGCAUUGAUCGGGCGUAACGCAACAUAUCCUUCAGAUUACAUGAAAGUACGAUUAAAAUUAACUCAACAGAUAUCAUUUCCUGAAGCAAAAAUUAUUGUAAUCCAAUUACCGACGGUAAAGAAAUCUAAUAUAAAUAUAUACGAGCAAUAUGUUAAAAGAGCUAAGGUAGGUGGUUCUUUACCAAAUUCCAAUGAUAUUAAUUUGUACGAAAAUUAUACAAAACAACAGCAGUUAUUAAAACUAAUAUGUCCAAAUUAAGUAUAUGUAAUUAAAUUGUUUUAUUUUUAUAAAUAUAUUCAUAUAAAUUAAUAUAUAAUAAGGCAAUAAAAAAAAUUUAAUCACA